AUGAACGCGGCCGCUGAAGGAACAGACCUGUCGGGGCACUGCUCCUCAGGAUCGUCGUUCUUGUCCGCCGCGGACUACAUGGCUGGCAGUGCCUUGGGUCAUAUGCCUGGACCAAGCCCGAUGGCGAUGGUAAUGAUUGCGCAGGAGAGCACGGCUGCAGCAGCUGCCGACCCGGGGCUCGGUGUCUCGGCAGGUGCUGUGCAGUAUCCAGUGCCAGUUUCAGCACGCCCAGCGCCUUCGCUGCAGCCCCUUCAGGAAUCGCCCGCGCAUGUACCGCUGCCCGAGUCAUCAGAGAGCAGCACAAGUCUCCAGCCAGAACACUCGACGCAGCCUGCUCCAACGUCGUUGCCCCCUCCAAGCUUCGUGUCUUCCACCACACCCGCAGCCGGCAUGAACCGUGGCGUCUCCACAUCAAGUGCUAUGCCACGGACUCAAGCCACUUCGACAAAGGUCGCGAACCCGGAGUCUGAGAAGAAACCACAGAAGUCCGUGCAUUCUGGGAAGUCAUCGCGAUCCCGGAAGUCCGCCGCGAAAUCUGCGUCGUCCAAGUCUUCGAUGUCAAGAAUCUCCUCUCGUGUGUCGUCCUCGAGGUCGUCGCGUUCUGGCGCGUCCGAGGUCGCCCUGGUCAUGAUGAGGCAGCAGGAGGCCGCCCUCAACCAAGUACGCGCCGACAUGGCUGCCGAGUUGCGUGGCAUUCGCCUAGACAACCAGCAGCAGACCGCUUCCCUCAUGGAGCGUCUUCAACGGAGCGAAAAAGCCCUUGCCGCCGAACGUGAGUCCCGCCGGCGCGACGCCGAAGUUGCUGAAGCUCGGGUUGCUGCCGCGGUGAAGGUAGAGCAGUCCCCAGUACCAUCGUCAGUGCCUGUACCCGAGAUGGGGCGCGGCACACUUAUUCCCCCCGAAGCGCCAUUGCCGAGUGCGGCCCUGGACGCCGCCACCGCUGCUGUGUUGGCGGCAGCCGAGGAAGUGAAGGCAGAGAGUGAGGGCAUCGCGCAGAGCACGAAUGCCCAUUUGGCCGCGUUCGAGGACCAGUUGCGCAAUGUCACGUCCGCGUAUCUGCAGAAGUGCGCCCUGGCCCAGAAGGUUCAACGUGAGAAUGAUGCUCGCCUACGUCAACAAUCGACUAGUGUACCUGAAUCUAGUGGAAAAGCCACCGCGACGAGUCGAACUUCCUGCGACAAAUUUGCGGGACGGUCGCCCACUUAUAUCGGGCAACAGCAAGUGGCCGCGGAUUCGCUGGCAGCAGCGCAGCUUCAAGCGACCAUACAAGCUCCAAGUCAAGUUGUCAAACGCGAGAUGGGACCAGGCGAGACGAAGCCGACUGAGACACGUGAGACAAGGUCAAGUGAGAUGAAGACACGUGCGACAGGCGGGACGGGGUCAAGUGAGACCAAGCGUGGAAGGCAGCCGAAGGCUGCGACACAGACUCGGUCCAGUGUCGCUGCAGUCAAGGAAGAAAACUCGGAAGAGACCAAGAGCUCAGCGAAAGGUGUCGCUCGGGACUCUGCGAGUGGGAGUGGCCAUGUCCCCAGAUAUUCUGGGAAGUCGGCUAAUAAAAAGUCUUCCCAGAAACACAAGCGUGGAAAGAGGAUCCGUGGCAGUAAGCGACCAGGUGGCGAUCCCUCAUCGUCAGAUUCAAGUUCAAGCGGCAGCUUGUCUAGCAGCGAGUCCAGCUCGGGCUCCGACUCCGACUGGGAGCGCGGCCUUGCUGACGAACUCGCCCCUGCAACAGUACCAGCCGCUAACGGCCAAUCGUACACGUUCCGCCCCUAUAUCCAGUAUGGGGCGGUGGAGAUGUUUGAUCCCCACGCCAAGCUCGAAGACCGCGUGAACUGA